AGCUGGAGCGGCUGAACACAGAGAAGGAAGUCAAAGUCGCAGCAGCUCACAUGAGGGCGUACAAUGGUGUCGAGAGCUAUGCUGAAGAGUUCGAGGAGGGACGAGUUAAUGAAGCUGACAACAAACCCCAUCUUAAUCCUGAGGUAGAGUCAUUUCAUCCUCAUCAAACGUUUCCUGAGGUGCAAACGACUCAUGAGUCAAUGAACGUAGUCCAAGCAUUAGUGAACUCUCUAAGUAUAAGUCAAUUGCCUAUUCCAGAGCCAGCGACUUUCAGUGGUGAUCCUUUGAAAUUCAUCGAUUGGAAAUUGUCCUUUACGACACUCAUCGACCGUAAAUUAAUUCCAGCGGGUGAAAAGAUGUUCUACUUGAAAACCUAUCUUGGUGGAGAGGCCCGAAAAGCAGUUGAAGGAUUCUUUUAUCGAAACUCAGAAGAUGCAUAUAAGGGAGCCUGGAAGGUUCUCGAAGAGCGGUAUGGAAAUCCCUUCCCUUGUCCAAAGAGCCUUUCGCGAAAAGCUCAUGAAGUGGCCUAAGGUAGGAGUUAAUGACCCUGUGUCACUGCGGGAGUUUAGUGAUUUUCUACAGGGCUGUGUAGAAGCCAUCCCACACGUGAAGGGUUUAACCAUUCUAAACGACUGCGAGGAGAACUACAAACUACUCAAAAAAUUACCCGAUUGGAUCGUGCGAAACUGGAAUAAGAUUGUGGUUGAAGAGUUGGACUCGUCUGGGGACUAUCCAAGUUUUAAGCGAUUUUCAGAGUUUAUGCAAAAGGAAUCUAAGUUAGUCUGUAACCCUGUUACCUCUUCGCUUCUGAUGAACACCAAAGUUCUGACGAGAGAUACCGCAAAAGAGCCAAGGCUUUCCAUACAAGAGUUCAAGUUAAGGGUUCAACACAAAGGAGACCAGAAGUUCAACAAGAGUUACAAUGUCCUGUUUGCAAGAGUAAAGCGCACAACAUUGCUAAAUGUCCCAUCUUCGCAGCAAAAUCCAUAGACGACAAAAGAUCUUUCAUUCGGGAGAAACACCUCUGUUUUGGAUGUUUGAAGAAGGGACACAUCACCAAAAACUGCAAAACACGACACACCUGUGGUACGUGUGGCCUACGCCACCCAACUUGCUUACAUGAGGAACGAGACAAAAACAAUGUGAGGUCACUAAAGUCAAGUCCUGAUGUAGAACACUCAAGUCAAGAAACGCAAACGGUUAUAUCUCAUGCCUUGACCCAACAUGUUUCUGCAACCUCUAGUAUUGUUCCUGUCUUCAUCUCUGCUACAGAUGAGCCGCAAAAUGAAAUUCUCACAUACGCGCUACUAGAUACUCAGAGCGAUACGACUUUCAUUUUGAAGGAUUUCCUUGAAGAGCUACAUGUAAACCGUGAAGAAGUGAAGUUGAGGCUUAGCACUAUGACUACUACUGAUACACUCACUACAAGUCACAAGAUCAGAGGCCUAAGGGUCAGAGGACUCCAAAGUAAGAAAUACAUUCAGAUUCCACAAGCCUAUACUUGCGAUUUUAUUCCUGUGGACAAGGCUUACAUACCGACUAAGAAGACAGCAUUGCAAUGGCCUCACCUCAAGCACAUAGCCCAUGAGAUGCCUCCUCUUCAGAGCUGUGACAUAGGGAUGUUGAUCGGAUACGAUUGUCCUUCAGCUUUAGCUCCUUUAGAGGUUAUCACCGGCGUUGACAACGAGCCCUUUGCACAGAAAACAAGUAUUGGAUGGAGCAUCAUAGGUCUAUGUAAUCCUCAUCUUGACAGGCAAGGUAACCAAAGCUUUGUGCAUCGAGUUACAGUGAAGGAAGUGUUAGUCCCAUCUGCAAACGAUGUCCUAAAGGUAUUAGAGUCAGACUUCAAUGAGAAGCAUCCUGAGGACAAACAUGUCUCUCAAGAAGACAUCCGGUUCAUACGUCUUCUCAGCGAUAACGUUCAGCACAAAGAAGAUGGACAUUAUCAGCUGCCCCUUCAAGAGUAGCAGUGCUCCUUCACUGCCUAACAACAAAAGGCUUGCCAUGGCACGACUACAACACCUAAAGAAAAGACUGAAGAACAACCAACAGUAUUAUGAAAGUUACAAAACCUUCAUGGAAGAAAUGUGCAAUAAAGGAGAAGCGGAACCAGCUCCCACACUUUCUGAGGAAGAAAUAGCGUGGUACAUACCCCAUCACGGAGUUUACCACCCUCAAAAGCCAGGCAAGUUGAGGGUGGUGUUUGAUUGCUCCGCAAAAUUUUGUGGUGUUUCCCUUAACGACACACUUCUUACUGGCCCAGACUUGAUUAACUCCUUGGUGGGAGUCCUUUGUCGAUUCAGGAGAGAAACCAUCGCUGUGACAUGCGACAUUGAGAAGAUGUUCCAUCAAUUCUUUGUUCCCCCUGAGGAAAGGAAUUACCUGAGAUUCUUAUGGUGGGAGGACGGAGAUCUGGGAAGAGAACCACGAGAAUACAGAAUGGCUGUACAUCUUUUCGGCGCAGCUUCGUCUCCUGGAUGUGCCAAUUUUGGCUUUAAGUACUUGGCAGAACAAUACAAGUCCGAGUAUCCUUCAGCUUCAUCAUUCAUUCAGAAAAACUUCUACGUGGACGAUGGCUUGAUGUCUGUCCCUUCGAUUCAGGAAGCCAAGAAGCUAAUCGUUGAAACCCAAGCAUUGUGCAAGCGUGGAGGCUUACAUCUCCAUAAGUUCAGCUCAAAUGAAGAGGAAGCUUUACAUUGUGCAGAUCCAUCUGAGUGGGCAAUACCCAACAAACCACUCAAUCUCAAUCCUGAAGCAACAGAAUGUGUUCUUGGCAUUCAGUGGGCUGUGAAAGACGAUACGUUCAGAUUCGAUGUCAAACUGAAAGACCACCCUUCAACUCGUCGUGGAAUCCUGUCGGUCACUGCUUCCUUGUAUGACCCUCUAGGGUUUGUUUCCCCAUUCCUUCUGAAAGGAAAGAUAAUUCUUCAGGAGCUCUGCCGUAGAAACAUCGGUUGGGAUGACCCCCUUCCAGAGGACAUAAUCCCAUGGUGGGAGAAGUGGAAGAGUAGUCUUCAGGAGCUGAAGGAUAUCAGCAUUCCGAGAUGUUACCACCCGCCAUCAUUUGGUACCAUCAUUAGGACAGAACUGCACCACUUCUCGGAUGCGAGUAAUCUAGGGUAUGGUGCAUGCUCUUACCUUAGGUUCAAAAAUGACCAGAAUGACGUACACUGCAGUCUAGUGAUGGCCAAGGCUAGAGUUGCACCCACAAAAAUUCUAAGUAUUCCAAGAAUGGAAUUGUCUGCAGCUGUAGUUUCAGCAAAACUGAGUGCUAUGUUAAAGACCGAACUGGAGAUGAAGAUCGAUCAGGAAUUCUUUUGGACUGAUUCACAGGUUGUGUUGGCAUAUGUCAAAAAUGAAGCAACAAGAUUUCAUGUGUUCGUUGCAAAUAGCGUACAGUUAAUCAGGAGAAUCACAGAUGUAAGCCAGUGGUAUUAUGUCAACACAUCUAAGAAUCCUGCCGAUCACGCCUCCAGGGGCCUUUAUGCCUCAGACAUCUUGUCACCUUUCUGGCUUUCAGGACCAGAGUUCCUACGGGAACCAGAAGUUCGUACAACACCUCACUUCUCAAAUGACUUACUUGUAGGAGAUCCUGAGGUCAGAUUAACCCAAAACUUUGCAACCAGAGUCAGUGAUAGUUCAGACCUGCUUAGCCGAUUCAGUCGCUUUUCUUCUUGGAGAACACUCAUCAAAGUUGUUGCUAGAAUAAAGAGGCUGCUAUCAGCACAGAAGUACCCCAACGACAUUGUCACUGUGGAAGAAUGUGAAAGAGCUUCAGAUGCUGUGAUCAAGCUCGUCCAACAGCAAGCUUUCUCCCAAGACAUACGGGUGAUUCAAGGAAGAAAUGUUCUUCAAAGCACAAGUGCACUUUACCCCCUUGAUCACAUCAUGAAGAGAGGUCUUCUCUGUGUAGGAGGAAGAUUGAAACAGUCAUCUCUGAGUGAAGAGUUAAAACACCCAGUGAUUCUGCCAAAGGACAGCCACAUAGUUGAACUUAUUUUGGCCCACUAUCACGCCAAGGUCUGUCAUCAAGGAAGGUAUCUGACACUCAUGGAACUCAGAGCAAAUGGAUUCUGGGUCAUCGGCGGUGGUAAAUCUGUUGCUAAAUUGAUUCAUGGAUGUGUUCAAUGCCGUAAGCUCAGAAGACCAACAGAGCAACAGCAAAUGGCUGAGCUGCCCAAGGAGCGAGUUGAAGCCUCUGCACCUUUCCUCCACGCGGGCAUGGAUUGCUUCGGUCCGUUUAGUGUAAAGAGAUUUCGGAAGGAGCACAAGAGGUAUGGAAUCAUUUUCACCUGCCUUUCAUCACGAGCGGUUCACAUCGAAAUGCUUGAAAAUCUGUCAACAGACACAUUUAUCAAUGCCUUGAGAUGCUUCAUUAGUCUCAGAGGAGCUGUUCGUCAACUUUUCUGUGACUGCGGGACGAAUUUCGUAGGAGCUAGAAAUGAGCUCAGAAAUGCUCUCAAGGAGUGUGAUGUCAAGAGUCUAGAGUUGUUUCUCAAUGAAAACCAAUGUGAAUUUGUUUUCAAUGCUCCCUCAACAAGUCACACAGGAGGGGUCUGGGAGCGCCAAAUACGGUCUGUUCACAGUGUGCUAAAUGCCACACUUUCUCAAUGUCCAGGUAGACUUGACGAUUCAUCUCUGAGAACAUUGUUUUAUGAGGCGAUGGCUAUCAUCAACAGUUGUCCAUUGACAAUAGAUGGAAUAAAUAACCCCAAGUCUCUGGAACCUUUAACCCCAAACCAUCUCAUUCUGAUGAAGUCCAAAAUCGCUCUUCCUCCUCCUGGGAAAUUUCAAAGGGAAGAUAUGUAUGCUUCAAGGAGGUGGCGCAGGGUUCAAUACCUAAUUGAGCAGUUCUGGAGCCGCUGGAAAAGAGAAUAUCUCUUGAACAUUUCUACAAGGCAGAAGUGGCACGUGCCACGGCGGAACCUCAGUGUCAAUGACAUAGUCAUUAUUAAGGAGGACAUGCUGCCAAGAAGUCGCUGGCAAUUAGGUAGAGUUGUUGAAGUCACUCAGGAAAGUGAUGGUUUAGUUCGACGAGUUAAGAUUCAAACAGGUGAGCAAAACCCAAAGAGUAAACAAGAGCAGCACUCCAAGCCUACUAUUAUUGAGAGACCAAUUCAAAAGUUGGUGGUUCUGCUUGAGAGUGAGUGA